GUAUAAAACUCCAGCAGGCGCACAAACCCACGCAGCGCGCGGACUGAAGGACUGCAUCUCUGCUGCUCUUCUGCCGAAUCCACCCUUCAUCAUCACACUUCUCAUCCAGCAUGAGUGAGAGACAAGAAUCCGGAUCAGCGGGGAACGUCAAACCCUCGGCUGGACAGGACCCGUCCAAGAAGGACGUCCCCGCCGAGGACAUUGACAUCGACAUGGGCGCCCCCGAGACGGAGAAGGCUGCCGUCGCCAUCCAAUCGCAGUUCAGGAAGUUCCAGAAGAAGAAGCAGACGGUGAAAUCAUAAUCGGGCUGGUCGGGGCGUCCCGGCCCGCGCCGCAGCAGGGGAGGGAGUUGCAUGUCAGAUAAACGGCACUGUUCUCUGGUGGGGUCAUGGGGCAGAUGAGAGGUCAACCCGACAUCUGUCAGGAAUAAAAUGUGAUAUUUUGUUUCCCCCUAGUUAGUACAUAGAUUUUUUUAAUAAAACUUCUCUUUCCUUUUAAGAUGCUUUUGUUAUUUUUUGAUAAAUUUUACUUGUCAAAGUGUUCGAAAACAUCCAUCCUAAAGUGUUAGUUAGUUUUCCCCUGUGUUUAAGAUCAGAAAGCACAGGGAUUUAAUGCCAAACGAUCCUGUACGGCAUCUAAAACUGAUUCGAACAGCCUUAUUCGAUCUUUCACCUCUGUUGUUGCUGUUUUGUUUGUAUAGUAGAACUGAUAUUAUUGUGUUUGUGAUGCGUCAUGAUCAUCUUAACCAAGUCAAUGUUUCGUCAACAAACAGUGUUGUAAUAUUUGUGACACCAAACAUAUGUGAACUGAAUAAAAAUUAGGAUUACUUCAACUA